AUGGAAGAAUAUUUAGAAACGGGAUUGGUACCUAAUCAAGGUCUGAUAGCAUGUUGUGAUUGUGGUCAACCAACUGUACCAAAUUCUUUUAAUAAAUGUGUUGCUUGUGUAAGAGCUAAUAUUGAUAUAACUGAAGGAAUACCAAAAACAGGACAAUUAUAUUCUUGUAAAUUUUGUGAAAGGUAUUUUGUUCCUCCAACUACAUGGUUACAUGCAAAGUUAGAAUCAAAAGAGUUAUUAUCAAUAUGUUUAAAGAAAUUAAAACCAUCUAUGUCAAAAGUUCGCCUAACAGAUGCAUGUUUUAUUUGGACUGAGCCGCACUCUAAAAGAGUUAAAGUUAAACUAACAGUUCAAAAGGAAGUUAUCUCAUCAGCUGUCUUACAACAGUCUUGUAUUGUUGAAUUUACUCAAUACAAUCAGAUGUGUGAUGAAUGUAGGCGUGUUGAAGCUAAGGAUUACUGGAGAGCAUGUGUUCAAGUUAGACAGAAAGUACAAUUUAAGAAGACACUAUUUUAUUUAGAACAACUUAUUUUAAAGUAUAAAGCUCAUGUAUCUGUUAAUAAUAUUAGGCCUGUUCCUACUGGUAUUGAUUUUUAUUAUGCUAAACAAUCUGAUUCAAGAAAAUUGUUAGAUUUUUUAAUGGCCCAACUUCCAAUUAAAUAUCACUAUUCUAAACAGCUUAUUUCUCAUGAUACUAAAUGUAAUACAUAUGAUUAUAAACAUACAUAUUGUGUUGAGGUAGCUCCAAUUACAAAAGAUGCUUUAUGUAUUUUACCUAAACAUGUUGCAGUAUCUUAUGGAAAUAUGAAUCAACUAGUUCUUUGUCAACGUGUUAAUAAUAUGAUUCAACUUAUUGAUCCAUUGACUUUACAAUGGUAUGAAGUUAAUGCCGAAAAAUAUUGGAAAGAUCCAUUUGAGAUAUUGUGCCAACCAAAGCAACUUACUGAAUUCUAUGUUCUUGAAGUUGAGGAGGUUAAUGGUUUAGUUUUACCAACAGGACAUGGUCAUAUAUCACAGAAACAUGUUCUUGCUGAUGUAUGGUUAGUUAGAAAUAAUCAAGUUGGUGAAUCUGGUGCUCAACAAUUUUCUGCCAGAACACAUAUUGGACAUCUAUUAAAUCCAGGUGACAUAGUUUUGGGUUAUGAUUUGUCGAAUGCAAAUUUAAAUAAUGAAGUUUUUGAUAAGAUGAAAGAAGAAAGAAUACCUGAUGUUAUUAUUUGCAAAAAAUGGUAUGACAAAGAACUUCGUCAGAAAAAGAGAAAAUGGAAACUUAAGAGAUUGCUUCCAGAUGAAAUGUUGUCAACAACUUCUGCCGGUAAUGAAUUUGAAGGUUUCAUGCAAGAUUUGGAAGAAGAUGAAACACUUCGUGAAAAAAUCAACAUUUAUAAAGACACUGAAAAAAUUACAAAACUUGGAAAUGAUUUGGAUGAUUGUCUUGAUGAUCUUCCAACAGGACCUACGCUAGAAGAAAUGCUGGAAGAUUUAAAUAUUGAUGAUGUUGAUAUGGAAUCAGCUGAUGAAUGUUGUUAA